AUGUUAAAAGACCUGUGCUCAGGGGCCUUCUUACGGGCUGUCCUGGCUGAGUUUUUAGGCACAUUCAUAUUUGUACUCUUCGGUCUUGGUAGUGCACUAGCAUGGCCAUCUGCACUUCCAACUAUCCUACAAAUCUCCCUAGCCUUUGGUUUAGCUAUAGGAACCCUUGUGCAGGUAAUAGGUCAUGUUAGUGGGGCUCACCUGAAUCCUGCAGUGACGCUGGCGUUCCUGGUGGGAUCACAGAUCUCCCUUAUAAAAUCCAUAUUCUACAUCUUGGCACAGAUGAUAGGAGCUGUGGCUGGAGCUGGCUUACUCUAUGAGUUAACCCCAUCUGAAGUGCGAGGGAAUCUUGCCAUCAACUCGAUCAAUGAGGAUACCAGUCCUGGACAGGCUGUAGCCGUGGAGCUGUUCAUCACCAUGCAGCUUGUCUUGUGUGUGUUGGGUACAACAGACAGUCGAAGAACAGACAACAUCGGAACACCAGCUUUAUCCAUUGGUCUUUCAGUUACUUUAGGACAUCUACUUGGGAUCUAUUUCACUGGCUGCUCUAUGAAUCCAGCCAGGUCUUUUGGUCCCGCCGUGAUCAUGGGAUUGUACAGCUAUCACUGGGUCUUCUGGGUAGGUCCCAUGUGUGGUGCAAUCUUUGGGUCUUUGAUCUACAAUUACUUACUGGUCCCACCAUUGAAGAGUCCUUUGGACAGAUUGUCCAUCCUGCAAGGAAGCUUUGAUCCAGAACAUGAACGGGAGCGAGAGGAGCACCGCAAACAGUCUGUGGAACUAAAUUCUUUUCACAAGAGCAUGGAAAAAGUAUAGGAUCAGAAAAGAAGAAGAAAGUGUCAUUUUAAUGAAUACAAUGGACAAAGUGUUAAAGUGAAUCCUUUGGAUACCUUUAGUGUAUGCCGCCAUUUUGUGAGUUGAAGAGACGUUUUACAAAAUUUUCAGCAAAAAUCUUUUGCAGUUUAGUACUAUGUGUAACCCAUACAUGAUAUUAUUUCUAUUUUGAUACUACAUACACCAAAGGAAUAGUAAUGAUAAUGUGAAGAUGUGUGGAAAAUGUAAUAUAUUUGUAAACUGAGAGUGAGUAUUUUCAUAAUGUAUAAAUGCAGUGAUGUAAAUUUUGUAUAUUUGGGUUUUUAUUAUUGAACUGCUGUUUUGUGACUAAAUAAGUUAUAAGGAAGCUUUUUUCGCAUGAGCUUGAUCAGACUCCACCAUGAAGGUAUAAAUAAAUGUAUUAUCAUCUUUAUCUUUUUAUAGCUAAGGUAAGUAGAUUUCAGAAAAUUUAGAUGUCCAACAAUAAUAAAAUGAAAUGUUAAAGGGGCAUUCCAGGAAAAAACCUGCUGAGUUCCCAGAAACCU